AUGACCGAUCCACUCUCAUUUCAAGAGCUCUCUUCGUGCCUCAAUGGUAUUCAGGAGGACGUCGUCACCCCAUGGGAGGUUGCCACUACUUCGGACAAGGGUGUGGAUUAUGAUAAGCUGAUUGUCCGAUUUGGAUGCUCCAAGAUUUCACGAGAAUUACUACAGCGGUUUGAACAUGCAUGCCACAAACCACUGCAUCACUUGUUGCGGAGGGAUAUCUUCUUUUCACACAGGGAUCUGGAUUUCAUUGUGGGUAAGAUGGAACAAAAGAAACCGUUUUUCCUGUACACUGGCCGAGGUCCAUCUUCCGAAGCUUUACAUUUAGGCCACGUUAUCCCCUUUCUAUUCACCAAAUGGAUACAGGAUGUUUGUAACGUUCCGCUCGUAAUCCAGCUGACAGAUGAUGAAAAAUUUCUGUGGAAGGACCUUACUGUUGAAUCGGCCCUCAAUUUGGCCCGGGAAAAUGCCAAAGACAUUAUCGCCCUUGGGUUCGACCCGAAGAAAACUUUCAUUUUCAGCGACUUCCAAUAUAUGGGCCAGUGUCCAGAGUUUUAUCGGACUGUUUGUCAGAUUCAGCGACUUGUCACCUUCAACCAAGUCCGCGGUAUUUUCGGGUUCAACGAGAGUGACUGCAUCGGAAAGAUUGCUUUCCCUGCUAUCCAGGCUGCCCCCAGCUUUGCGAGAUCGUUCCCGUCCAUUUUUGGCUCCGUUGCAAACCAAGCUGAAAUCGGCUGUCUCAUCCCUUGCGCUAUUGAUCAGGAUCCCUACUUCCGCAUGACUCGGGACGUUGCACCACGCCUGGGACUGCCCAAACCGAGUAUGCUUUACUCAGUUUUCUUUCCGGCGCUGCAAGGGAACCAAACCAAAAUGAGUGCAAGCAACCCGAAUACUUCGAUUUACCUGACGGAUACUCCAAAGCAGAUUAAAACUAAGAUAAAUAAAUAUGCUUUCUCCGGUGGUGGAGAUACGAUCGAAGCGCAUCGAGCGAACGGAGGGAAUUGUGAUGUCGAUGUAUCCUAUCAGUAUUUGCGGUUUUUCCUCGAAGACGAUGCAGAACUGGAAAGAAUUCGACAGGAAUACACUAGUGGAAAGCUGCUUACAGGUGAACUGAAGAAGAUACUCAUCAACCUCCUGACGGGCUUUGUGAAGGAACAUCAGAAACGCCGUGCGGAAGUUACAGAUGGGGUGCUGGAUCAAUUCAUGACUCCCCGUGCGCUUUCACUGCCUUUCUAACAGUUUCCGUUCAUAGGAGCACAACUAAAUUGUCCUUCCUCUUUAUGAGCUGUACUUUCUUGUUUAUUUCAACUUCCAUCCCUCGUACUCUCGCGAACCGGUUUCAGAAUUCUCAAACUUUAAUGGAACUAUUUUUGCG